AUGAAGCAUCUCCAUCCUGUAGGCCUGCUGCUCUCUUGCUCCUGUCUCCUACUAUGUGCAGUCGCGCUAGUGAGAGUGGACACCCGGCGUGAAGCUGAAGCACUUGUGAGGUGGAAGGCUAGCUUGGCCGGUGCCGAUGAGUCCCUUGGGCCAUGGUCGUUGGCCAACUCCACCAGCCUUUGCAGCUGGACGCACAUCACUUGCGACUCGGCCCGGCACAUCAUAGGGCUCAACCUUAUCCAAACAAACCUGAGUGGCACACUUGAUGAGUUGGACUUCUCUGCCUUUCCCCACUUGAGGAGACUCAUCCUGAUCCAGAAUGGUCUAAUCGGUACAAUUCCAGCAGGGAUUGGCAACCUGACAAGCUUGGUCACCCUGAGGAUCAUGCGGAACCCAUACUUAAGGGGGGGCAUUCCACGCAGCAUUGGACAGCUGAAACAACUUGUUGAUCUGCAACUGGAAGCUUUGGGGCUCGAUGGCACACUACCUGAAGAGAUUGGUAACUUGACAAGCUUGAUAGUGCUCGAUAUCAAUUUGGUUAAUUUGGCAGGAUCGAUCCCACCAACAAUUGGGAUGCUCAUGCAGCUCGGCCAGUUGAGCCUGGUAGGCAAUAAUUUGACAGGGAGCAUUCCAAUGGAGAUAGGAAACAUGACAGGACUGCAGACCAUAGACCUUCAUGAGAACUAUUUGGGAGGGCAGCUGCCAGGUACCAUCUCUCAUCUGAUCAAACUUGAGAUUUUGGAUCUGUCAGAAAAUCAGCUGGUCGGUCGCUUCCCCGAGCUUGGGAAUAGCAGCAUCAUGUAUUCGGUCAAAAUAGCAAAUAACAACUUCUCCGGGCAGUUCCCAUCAUCCAUUUGCGUAGGAGGAGCGCUGAUUCUGGUCAGUGCUGGAUACAAUGGGUUUACGGGUAUUCACCGUCGGAUAUUUCAAAACUGCACAACCCUUGAACAGGUUGACUUCACGGCAAACAACAUUGUUGCAGAGCUAAGUGACUGUUUUAGUGAGCAUCCAGGACAGCUUAGCACCAUGGCUUUCAGUCAAAACCAGCUGCAUGGCACACUUCUGAAGGAUCGGGGUGAGGAUUUCCUUUGUAACCAUACUAAUUUAGGCUUCCUAGACCUAUCAGAUAAUGCCUUAAAUGGACGUCUUUCCAAGUGUUUUUGGGAGUUGCAAUAUUUGCAAUUCCUGGACCUGUCCAGCAACUCUUUCAGUGGUGUGGUUCCAUUCUCGAGGACAUGUCAAGAUCAACUUAAAUAUCUACUCCUAGCCAAUAACAAUUUUACAGGAUCUUUUCCUCUAGGUCUUAAGAAAUGCAAAAACCUUACUACUCUAGAUCUUGGAGGCAAUAAUUUUUCUGGCACAAUACCUUCUUGGGUAAGCAUGAGUUUGCCUGAACUCAACUUUCUUAGACUGUCAUCAAACAUGUUUGACGGCAUCAUACCCCAUGAGAUCUUACAAUUUCGCCGACUCCAUGUAUUGGACUUGUCCAAAAACAAGUUCACCGGACCUGUUCCUGAUGAUUUUAGGAAUUUUACUGGCAUGGCAGAAGAACAGAAAAACUUGGACUCCAUGUGCCCUGACCGCAAUAUUUAUGAAGUGCAGAUUCAAAUAGUUUGGAAAAAUGUUGAUCAUGUUUACCAUCUAAUGAUAGCAGCCAUGGUGGGUAUCGACUUAUCUGGUAACUCUCUUUCACAAGAGAUCCCUGAUGGGCUCACCACUCUUCUUGGACUCAGGUACUUGAACUUAUCAGGAAAUCAUCUAUCAGGUCAUAUUCCCGAAGACAUUGGCAAUCUGGUACUGCUGGAAUCCUUGGACCUUUCUCGGAACCAACUUUGGGGGGAAAUUCCUCCAAGCUUUGCAGAUUUGAAGAGCAUAAGCACUCUGAAUCUCUCAGGCAACGGGUUAUCAGGGAGUAUACCUACUAGCAAUCAGCUGCGGACACUCGUAGAUCCGUCGAUAUACAGCAAUAAUCCUGGAUUAUGCGGGGCUCCGUUGGAAGACUGCAUUAACUCCUCGACACCGACGCAAACUGAAACAAGCCUGGAUGAAGAUAGAGAGGCAGUGUGGUUGUAUUGCUUCCUGGCUGCUGGGUUCAUCUUCGGCUUCUGGCUGUACUGGGGCAUCUUCUUGUUUCGCAGCGAAACCUGGAGGUGUGCAUUCUACCAGUCUAUGGACAACAUGCAAGCCAAGGUGACGAAGAAAGUAUACAGCUGCAUCUCCCGCUUCUGGGCCGGCGGCUCUGAAUGA